GCGCGGCAAGGCCGGCGGCCGUUGGCGCGAGGACAGGAUGCUGGGUAUGUGUGGCAUGCAGCCUUGCCACCAGGAAGCCCUGAAGAAGAACCGAGUGGCACUUGCCAAGCAACUGAUGCUGAGCGAGCUGUUGGAGCAUCUGCUGGAGAAGGAUGUCAUCACCAUGGAGAUGAGGGAGCUCAUCCAGGCCAAAGCGGGGAGCUUCAGCCAGAAUGUGGAGUUUCUCAACCUGCUGCCCAAGCGGGGCCCCAAGGCCUUUGAUGCUUUCUGUGCGGCUCUGCGGGAGACAAAGCAGGGACACCUGCAGGACCUGCUGUGUAGAACCCUUUCCACCCUGUCGCCCACGUCCGCGGCGUUGGGCUGUGACUAUGACUCAAGUCUCCCAUUUCCAACCCGCGAGUCAGGGCUUGCCCUCAAAAAGCCACGCCUUUCUGAAGAGGAAAUGGAGAAUUCCCUGGAUAAUGGGGAUGGGCCGCCCUGCCCCCAGGUGAAGCCUUGUACACCCGAGUUCUACCACGUUCACCACCACCUGGCCUACAGGUUAGAGUCCCGACCCCGAGGCCUGGCCCUGGUGCUCAGCAACGUGCGCUUCAACGGGGAGAAAGACCUGGAGUUCCGCUCAGGCGGGGACGUGGACCACAACGCCCUGGUCACCCUCUUCAAGCACCUGGACUACAGCGUUGAAUUCCUGUGAGAUCAGACUGCCCAGGAGAUGCAGGAGAAACUCCACAGCUUUGCCCAGUCGCCACGUCACAGGUACACGGACUCGUGUAUCGUGGCACUUCUCUCCCACGGUGUGGAGGGCGGCAUCUACGGCGUGGAUGGCAAGCUGCUCCAGUUGCAGGAGGUUUUCCGGCUCUUUGACAAUGCCAACUGUCCCAGUCUGCAGAACAAGCCCAAGAUGUUCUUCAUCCAGGCCUGCCGCGGAGAUGAGACGGACCGUGGGGUAGACCAGCUGGAUGGGAAGGAGCGGGCAGCCUCCCCAGGCUGCGAGGAGAGUGAUGCCGGCAAGGAGGAGAUGCUGAAAGUGCGGCUGCCCACACGCUCUGACAUGAUCUGUGGCUAUGCCUGCCUCAAAGGCACAGCCGCCAUGCGCAAUACCAAGCGGGGAUCCUGGUACAUCGAGGCCCUCACCCAAGUGUUCGCCGAGAGCGCCCGGGACAUGCAUGUGGCCGACAUGCUAGUCAAGGUGAACGCCCUCAUCAAGGAGCGGGAGGGCUACGCCCCAGGCACCGAGUUUCACCGCUGCAAAGAAAUGUCCGAGUACUGUAGUACUCUGUGCCGCCAUCUCUACCUGUUCCCGGGCCGCUGAGCCCGAGUCACCAGCCCCCUCCCUGGGCCAACCCCGAGGCCUGGGCUGAUGUGCCGGUUCCUUCUCCCCCAAGGAGCCCGCCCCAUCUCAUUGGCACUCCCCGUCCAUCUUACCCGUCGGCUCAGGGACACGGGGGAUCGCCCCUGCUCCCCACCCCAGGCCCAAGCUCUGGAAGCUCCUCACUCCUGGGCCUGUCUUCUCUCCAAGGCUGGGGGUUGAGGCCGCCAGCCGCGUUCCCCUUCCUGGGCUCCGAGCACACCACUGGGAUGACCGCACUGGCUGCCACUUCACUGGCAGCGUCCCAGCCAAGGAGUAGCGUUGGAACGGGCAGCUUCUGGGUCCCCAAGCCGAGCCCUGGGGGCCUUCAUCCCGCUGCGAGCGGGUGGUGCUAUAGACACAACCUUGCAGUGCUGUGAGGUGUCAGAGGUGGGCUCUGACAGUCCUCAAGCAUUGCCAUCCGAGCCCUACUUCAGGAGAAGGUUCCAGGGGCACUCCUCCAAUUAGCACGGUUUGUCACGUCUGGGGCCCCGGGACGUCGCUUUUACCCCUUGAUGCCCAUCCCCACCUCUCCCCUCUUAUCAGCCCAUGGCUCACUCACCAAAUAGUGUGGUGUGGAGCAGGCCUGGGGGGAGUUCGGACUUGACCAAGGGCAGAAUGAGAAUGCGAGGGUGUCAGAGUGUGUUGGUGUGUGUGAGGAUGAGAGAUAUAGAGAGUGUGUGUGUGUUUUUUGCGUGCAUGCAUGCAUCCUAUGCAUCCCCUCCUCCAGUACUGUAAGACUGCCUUGCUGGAACAAGACCCUGGGAGCCAACCCGCCUUUACCUGCCUGCCCAAGCCCCCCAGGGUCACCACCUGGGCCCCCAGGGUGAGGAGGUGCUGUUGGCCCCAAUCUAGGAAUCACAGGGCAGUUGUUUAGGAAGCCUUUGGGCAGGGGAUCUGGACCCCAAGGAAAUAACCCAAAUUUUCUAAAUCCUUUUGUUUGACUUAUCUGUUAAAUGUGUUGUCUGGGGAAAGCUGAGGGAUGGGUCAGAGGGUGGCCCUCGGGAGAGAUCUGUUCCCCCCUUUUAGUGUGGUGAAAGCAUCCAGACUAGGCGCCGGGCCCCGAGCCCCCCAGUUCCCCAAUGCCGGGUUUUGUACUGCCGCCAGG